AUGAAUCACGACGUUUCUGAGCUGAUGAUUUCCUCGUUUUCGGGCAAUGAGAACGAUAGAUUCGGAAAAGAGAAAGAUGCGAGAUUGCCUCUCUUGCUUCCGAAAGUCAUGGAAGGCCGACCGAUUAAGUCGACGAGCCGCCUUCUUUGCCGACUACCACCCGAGAUCUUAGGCGACCUUAUGGAUUUGAUCGCAGACGACAAAUCAACCCUCUCUGCUCUCGCCCUGGUGAAUAGCGACUGCAGACAGUUGGCUCGCUCUUGCCAAUUCGCCGAUGUCUGCUUUGACUACAGCCUGAAUUCGAGGCUCCUUCUGCUCCAGCUCAUGAAGGAGGGCAUCACCAGGCUCGGCCACGAUGACCCAAGCAACACCACUCGCCCGCCAUACAUUGGACCUUGCAUUCGCCGAGUUGUGAUCAAGCCUCGCCCGGAGUGGGUCGCUCAUGCGCACAGCGAUCUGUACGAUUCCAUUUUUGGGGAUGCCGCGAGCGAUCUCAGUCCGGAGCAGCGCAACGAAUUAUCCGAGAGAGCGACUGAUCAGUACAUUGCGACCUUCCGCACUCCCGUUAAGGUCGCCAUGGAAUUGGCAAUGCCCCACCUUGAGGCCCUGUCGUGGCAUGAUCGACUGUGCCUCGAUGGUGCCUUCUUCAGGACUGUCGCGAAUCUGCCCAUCCGGCACCUCAGGUUGACCGGAGUUCAUAUCGGGGAGAUCUAUCGCCUUGAGCCGCCCGUCACGCCGCUUGUUGUGCCGUUGGAGUCACUCUCUUUGAGGGUACGCCUCUGCAGCAACGAACGGGCUCAUAGGAGCAAACUAACCGCUGAUACCGAUGCCGAUACUGCGGACGCCGAUGCCUGGAAGAAAAGAAACUUGUCACCCUUCAUUGAAACCCUCCUUCGGCGCUGCAGCACGACUCUUAGACGUCUGACCUUGAGUUGCGAGGCUUUCACGGGAGAUCGAUCGCUUUCAUUCGGCUAUGAAGAUAUAUUCUUCACCCGCCUCCGGUACCUCGAUAUCUCCAGAGAUUUGAGCGAUCCCGAUGUACGAUUCUGGUGUUCGCUGUUUUCUGCACCGCUAAGACACCUCUCCUUUCCCUUUAAGGAUUCGCUAGCCUUCAAACAGGCUUUAUCAGCUUGCCAACCCCUCCGUGACCUUGAGACGCUGGUCGUACCAUAUCUCGAUGGCAAGGACAUGGGUACGGCGCAGCCAAUAGUUGACUUCAUUUCACGUCACCCGCACGUUCGCAAACUCUCCAUCGGGAGAAGCACGCCUCAGCUUCUGGACUCUCACAUUAUCCCACUCCUCUCUGAUGGCAGGUGGUCAAGCCUCAGCUCCCUUGCACUAGUAUGGAGCGAGCCGAGAAUUGCGGUGGAAACACAACCAGACAACGCCACCAUCUCCGCAGCUUCCCUGGAUGGUGUUGGCAGUAUUGAAUCACUAGAACAGCUAUGCCUGAGCGCCGGCCAGCAAUUUGGCUGGCGUCACCAGUGGUUGAUCGACCAUGAUGCGAAGGUGUGUCCGGCUAUGGGGUGGAGCGGUAUUACGAGGAUCGGCUGGUAA